AUGUCUACAAAAAAACCAAGCGGCCAUGAAUUUAGGAAGCGUAGAGCUGAUGCGGAAACGAAGAAGCUAGAAGCAGCUGAGAAGCAUCAAAAACUCACCAAAUUCUUUGGGACGCCGGCAGAGAUAAAUGCUUUGGAGAAUUCUCAACCCUCCAGUACUUCGAAUAGUCAUGCGACUUUAUCCAAUGAUAAUUCCAUAAAAGCUAGAAGUACCGAAGAAAAUAAUUCCGACCUGAUUAAUAUACACACAUUGAAUAAUACACGCGACUUACCUGUGCAAUUUGAGGUGUCGAAUAAUGAGGACGAAAAUGAAAUUGUUCCUGAGGAAGGGUUUAAAAACAAUUCACCUCGUACAGAUGAACCCAGAAACUUUGAUUCUCGUGCUCAAUCUGAUGUGACAAUUGUGGGUAUCGAAGAUAAAAUUGAUCUGGACCCCGGAAACUGGCCAACUCGGUUAAGCCUGGCACAAAAAUCAUACAUUCUAAAUAAGGGACCGCGAUCUGGAGCUGGCCUUAACUACCCGCAGAAUGAAAGUGGGCGAAGAUUUAAUGAUUCGCAUUUCUGGAGAAACCUUGGAAAUGGGGAGAAAGUUAAUCGCAACUGGUUGGUAUACUCCAAUUCCGCUGACAACGUAUAUUGCUUCCCAUGCAAAAUAUUCGGUGGACACACGGAGUCAACUUUGCAUUCGACUGGUUAUUCUGACUGGAAAAAUUUAUCCUCAGCGCUUAGAUCUCACGAGGAUUCAAAAUUUCACAAAGAAGCCUGCUUUAGUUGGAUUGGGACAGAAAAAUCGAUUAAGAAUAUUUCUGGGAUAGACGCUCACAUGCAGGCUGGAAUUGCUGCAGAACGACAACGAUGGCGCGACAUUCUCAAGCGGAUAAUUGAGGUCGUACGAUUUCUCGCCACCCACAAUCUUGCAUUCCAAGGUUCAGUAGAAAAAUUAUACCAGCACAAUAACGGUAACUUCUUAGGAAUCAUCGAGCUUCUUUCAAAAUUUGACCCAUUGUUAAAUGAGCACGUCCAAAAAGUGGUCGGCGGGUCAAGUAAAUCUUGCAGACCUCAUUAUUUCAGUCAUGACAUUCAAAAUGAACUUAUUCAAGUAAUGUGCUCCAAAGUUUCGGACAGAAUUAUUCAGGAAGUCAAAAAUGCUAAAUACUUUUCCAUAAUUCUGGAUUGCACUCCGGACAUCGCCCAUCAUGAGCAAAUGUCAGUUAUUCUCAGAUAUGUGGAUUGCAAAGAGAAAAAAGUAGUAAUCUCGGAAAGCUUUCUUGGAUUUGUGGUUGUUCACGACAAGACUGGAAUGGGGCUUACCGAUGCCGUACUGAAGUUCAUAGAAGACGCAGGACUUGACUUGAAGAAUAUUAGGGGCCAAUCUUAUGACAAUGGCAGCAACAUGAAAGGGAACAUUAGGGGUGUUCAAAGCAGAAUUCUCGAAGUUAACCCUAAGGCCACUUUCAUAGCAUGCGUUAACCACUCCUGCAAUUUGGUAUUGUCAGAUGGAGCUAAAUCAGCGACGCAAACAAUCACAUUUUUUGGAGUCGUUCAGAAGAUCUUUACAUUUGCAUCUGCGUCUACAAAUAGAUGGGAUAUUUUCCGAAAACAUGCCACGCAAUUUCCCGUGAAACCUUUAUCAGCAAAUAGGUGGGAAAGUCGGAUUGACAGUUUGAAGGCGUUGAGGUUUCAAAUAAGUAGAGUGCGGGACGCACUACUCGAAAUAGGCGCCAAUACAAACUUUGACGUCGACACAAGAUUUGAGGCCAACAACAUUUGCUCGCAAAUCGAAAAAUUUGAAUUUCUUGUACUCUUGUCCGCUUGGUAUGACCUCUUACAUCACCUUAAUGUCGUUAGCAAAAUGACUCAAGAGAAAACCGUAAACGUUGGUGCCACAUUGCAACUCCUAAACAAUACCGAGAAAUUUCUUGAAGAUUAUGGCAGAAAUGGAUUUGUAACAGCCCAGAUCACUGCACGGGAGUUAGGUGAAGAACUUGGCCUGGAGGAGGAUGAAAUGAUAUUCACCGCUGCUCGCAUGAGAAAACGAAAAUCACAUUUUGAUGAGGAAAAUUCUGAAAAUGCAACCAACAACUCCAACAAUGACCCCGCUUUGAAAUUUAAAAAUUCAUGUUUUGAUAAACUUGUGAGCUGCGUUCAAGACUCGAUGACUCGUCGAUUCACACAUAUGAGAAAGAACCUCUCGGACUUCCAAAUUAUCAUUGACGCUGAUUGUAGAAGUACUUGUGAUGAAGGGGAGCUAUUAAGAAAUUGUAAAGAUUUACAUUUUAGGUUUAUGGACGGCAAGGAUAAGGAUAUCGAAGGAAGUCAACUCUUCGAUGAAUUUAAGUUAUUGCGUGAUUCAUUUCCUGAAAAAUUUAAAUCAAAUCCGCAUGCUUUGCUUGACUUUAUCGCUGGAUCGUGCUUGGAGGGAGUUUUUCCAAAUAUUUGGAUUUCUUUGCGUAUAGUUAUGACACUUCCUGUCAGCGUUGCUUCAGCAGAACGCAGCUUCUCAAAGCUAAAAUUAAUCGAGAAUUACUUGAGAUCUUCAAUGAGUCAAGAAAGAUUGUGUGGAUUAGCAAUUCUAUCAAUUGAAAAGGAAUUGACUUGUGAAAUAGAUUUUGAUGAUAUAAUCAAUGAAUUUGCAUUGAGGAAAUCCCGAAAAGUACUGUUUUAG